CAGAGGGUUGGGGGUUUUUUUUAAAAAAAGGAGCCUGCCCCGCUGCGCAUGCGCGCUUUAAAAACGAAGCCGCGCGAGGAGCCGCCGGGCAGCCCCCAUUGGCUCCCCCCAUCUGCUGUAGAAGGCUGAGAGACCAUCUUGAGAAGAUUCCGAAGGAAGAAGGGGACAUCUGGUCGCACAGCUUUGGGCAACCCUGGGGUAAACAGGAGAAGACGAUGAAGGGGGAACAAGUUCCAGCUGCUUCCCUCAUUGACAGAACCAUCGAGAUGAGGAAAGAAACUGAAGCAAAAAAAGUUGUCUUGGCAUGGGGACUUCUGAACUUGUCCAUGGCUGGCAUGAUUUAUACUGAAAUGUCUGGAAAACUAAUCAGUUCCUAUUAUAACAUUUCGUGCUGGUUACUAUGGUAUGUUGAACUUGCAUUUGCGUCUUUGUUCAGCCUUAAUGCCUUAUUUGACUUCUGGAGGUAUUUUAAAUAUACUAUGGCCCCCACCAGCUUGGUGAUGAGUCCUGGACAGCAGACACUCCUAGGGUUGCAGAAUGCAGCUGUCCAGACCACUCCACCCCGUGAGCUGACGCCAAAGAAAACUCCUCCUUCGACACCUUCUCCUCCCAUCCAGGGGCAGAGCGUGCUGAGUUACAGCCCUUCCCGCUCGCCUAGUGCCAGCCCAAAAUUUUCCUCCAGCUGCAUGUCCGGCUAUAGCCCUCAGCUCCAGGCUCUGUCGGGCAGCAGCUCUGGUUCUUACAGUGCUGCUAUGAGCUACUCCCCAGGCAGCUGCUAUAGCAAGGUCCCCCCUUUUAGCCCUUCCCCAAGCACUUCACCAUACCCCACCAGCAUCGGCCCAAUGGAUAGCAGUGGAAUGAGGUCACGGUAUCGCUCUUCACCAACUGUAUACAAUUCCCCUACUGGCAAGGAAGACUAUAUGACGGACCUCAGGUCUCUGGACAACUUCCUUCGAAGCGAGGAGGAGAAGCUGCACAGAGUUCAGCUGGGAAGCACAGAUUCCAGUUCUCCUUCUAGCAGCCCAACCUUUUGGAACUACAGCCGGUCCAUGGCAGACUAUGCCCAGAUGCUCAGGAAAUUCCAGUACCAACCUGCCUGCAGGUCCCAAGCCCCAUCGGCCCACAAAGAUGAAGCUGAGUUGAGCUCCAAGCAGGUCGCUGAAGAGGUUUGGGCAAGAGUGUCAAUGAGUAGGCAACUUCUGGAACACAUGGACUCCUGGACUGCUAAAUUCAGAAAUUGGAUCAAUGAAACAAUUUUAGUGCCCCUCGUUCAGGAGAUUGAGUCUGUGAGCACUCAGAUGCGGAGAAUGGGGUGCCCGGAGUUGCAAAUUGGAGAUGCCAGUAUCAGCAGUCUGAAGCAAGCAGCCCUGGUUAAAGCGCCACUCAUUCCCACACUGAACACAAUAGUGCAGUACCUGGACCUUACACCAAACCAGGAAUAUUUGGUUGAAAGGAUCAAAGAGCUUUCUCAAGGAGGGUGCAUGAGCUCUUUCCGGUGGAAUCGGGGCGGAGACUUCAAAGCACGGAAGUGGGAUACUGAUUUGCCCACAGACUCUGCAAUUAUCAUGCACGUGUUCUGCACAUACCUUGACUCCAGGCUGCCACCUCAUCCAAAAUAUCCCGAUGGCAAAACAUUCACCUCCCAACAUUUCAUCCAAAUGCCUGAUAAGCCAGACGUCUCCAACGAGAACUUGUUUUGCAUCUACCAGAGUAGCGUCAACCCUCCCCACUAUGAACUUAUUUACCAGCGACAAGUCUACAGUCUACCAAAGGGCAGAAACAACUUGUUCCACACCUUGCUAAUGUUCCUGUACAUCAUAAAGACUAAAGAAUCUGGGAUGCUUGGGCGGGUCAACCUUGGCUUAUCUGGUGUGAACGUUUUGUGGAUUUUUGGAGACUAGCUGCCAGUCCCUGUCGCAGGACACGUGGGGAUAAACACCACGACUUGUGUUUGGGAAGAGAACUCAGCAGCUUGCUGAACUUACUACCUUGAAAGCAUGGUUUGGAUAUAUAAAGCAAGACAUUUGUUUUUUUAAAACUGUAUUUGGAAUAAUAAUGAGAAACUUUCAGCAUCAAAACCAAAUGGUUUCUGUGAAUGACUUCACUUGAGGAUCACAAUGGGAAAGUUGCAUCAUUUCUAGACGGACUGAAUUACCUUUUUGGAUAUCAUUCUGUUGAAUGCGACUGCUGCUUUUAGACGACAACAGGAGGCCUGUUUGCCACACAAACCAUCUGCCUCUGGAGAUUCAUAUAAGCAUGACACCAAGUCGAUAAUGCAUUGCUGAAUUGGAUCCAAACUGUUCAAGUGAGGCUGUGAAUUCUUGGAGGCUGCUUCCAUUUUGCCACGUCAGAAAAAAAGGUCACAUCAGUAUAUCUUAAGUACCAAGGCCCCAAACCACAGAAAUACAUCAAAUCAGGUUUCUUUUGAGUCUUGGUUACAAAGGUAUGUGCCUUUCAUCUCUAGCGCACGAGUGACUUUGUAUGAUCUACGUUGCCUUUUUUUCUUUUUUGAAGUGACAGUACUCCAGCUCCUCUAUCAGCAGCGCAGAACAGCAGGCAAACUUCAUUUUGACACGGCCUUUUCUCCGGGCCCUUGGGAGAUGUAGUAUUUUGGGUUUGGGGGGGUUCAAAUUUCAUGUUUCUACGGGAUUCUGCGAAGUGAACUGCAUCUAAAGCGUAGGGGUUUCCAAUAGUUCAUGGCAUGGAAGUGCUGCUGCCUUUCUUCCCCAACGCAGUCCGAUAAGCAGAGAGCUACAAGAAUGGAACAUCACCCUGCCAUUCCAGCAAAACUGCCCCAUGAGUCCUGUUGCCAAAUAAACCAGUACACUGGUACCUCUACUUACGAGCACCUCUGGUUACGUAUCCUUUGGGAUACGCAUGCAGCAAACCCAGAAGUAUUUAUCUGGGUUUCGCCGCAUGCGCAGAACAGGCACCUCCAGUUGCGAAAACCUCAGGAUCCCACCGGAGCUCCUGAACAGAUCCCAUCCGCAACCGGAGGUACCACUGUAGUUUAUUUUUCCUCCUAGAUUAAGACUGAGUGGUGGGGGGGGGGAGAAGGAUUGGCAUGGAUUGGACACUGCAUGCCUUUGGAUAAUCUGGUAUAUAUGUAUUUUAAUGAACGAAUUCUGCUUCCAGUCACAUCACUGGGGUCUUUCCAGUCUGCAAACAUCUUGGCUGCAGUUGUACUUCUCUUUCCUUGCAAGUGAACAAUUUUGCUGCUCUCUGUGCCUGAUGGUUUUGGAAAGGAAGUAGCGGCUGGAACAAUUGCUGCGCCUUUUUAAAAUUAGGCUUCCCCCGCGAAAAGCUCCCCAACCUUAGCAUGUACAUCUUGGUGCCCAGGCAUUUGACAAACAAAGCUAUAUCAGAAAACUGCACCCUCUUUUAAAAAAUAGGGUGUUCCAAAACAAACCCUAACUCUCAGCAUAAAAUACAAUUCAUUUGCCUUGCAACCACAGCACGCAGGACAAUUUGUAGGUCUAAUUGAAUUAAUUUACCGCUAGAGGUCUGCAGCCCUGCAUCUCUUAAUUCAGUUCUGUGAAACCCUAACCCUCAACAUAUCAACAGAUCUUGUUGUGACCCAGAGCGGCAUAUUUUGUAAGCAAAGCUUCCUUUGUUGCCUUGACAAAGUGUGUUUGUGCUGGAUUUUGCAGGAGAGAACAGGCUGGUGAGAUGGCAGGGGUGGCUGCUUCUGCUUCCAUAGCCACUGGUCUUAAGACCUAUUGCUGUGACAGCAGCUUGUGUGUUACGUUUUUCUGAUCCGAGUCAUUCCUCAGGGAGCUGAAACCUUUGUUGACACCUGUCUUGGUGCUGCCAUUAAAACGUCUGUUUUGAUUUG